UUUUGCACUACCUGCAUAUCCAAAUACGUGGCUACUCAAAUGCGCCAAAAUAUUCUCAAGGUGACCUGUCCAAACCCAAAUUGUUCUGUGGAAUUGAAGCCAAAAUGUUUGCACACCGUUUUGCCUAGGGAAGUUGUUGUUAGAUGGGAAUCUGCGAGGUGUGAGUCUUCAAUUGCUGGGGAAAAUAAGACUUAUUGCCCCUUUAAGGAUUGUUCUGUGUUGUUGGUGAAUGAUGGAGGAGAAGUUGUGACCAGUGCUGAGUGCCCCUCCUGUCAUAGGCUAUUUUGUGCACAGUGUAAGGUUUCUUGGCAUGGAGGGUUGACUUGUGAGGAUUUCCAAAAAUCCAAAGGGAAAACACAUGAAAAAGAGUUUGAUAACAUGUUUUUGAAGUUGGCCGAAGAGAAAAAUUGGCAGAAAUGUCCCAAGUGCUCUAUGUUUGUCCAGAGAAGUGGAGGAUGUGAACACAUUUCGUGCAGGUGUGGGUGCCACUUCUGCUACGGUUGUGGGGAGAAAUGGAUGUAUGGACAUGUAUGCAACAAGCGUUGAUCCACUUGAACCGGGUACAAUUGGAAAGAAAGAAAAGUGUUGAGUUUAGUGUUUAAGUAUUUAACAAUUGUCGGUUGUAGACUUGUAGCCUUUUUAAGGAUACCUGGUUUAUCACUUUUGUGUUUCUAAAGUUCUAAACAACAAAUUAGUCUUCUACAUACAAGUUAUUUUAGGUGUGAGCUUUCUGAUAUGGACAUGUAAAACCUUUGUGCAUAUCAAAUGCUGGUUUCUCUUUUUGGUGUAUUCAAUGAUCAUAUAUAUGAUUGUCAUGUUUGACA